UUUGCCUUACAAGAAAAAAAAAGAAAACCCCGAACCAAAAUACCCUUUUUCGAUUGAUAUGCAGCCCCAGAGAUAUUCAACAGAAGCAUCAUCGUCGGAGGUACAUCUUGGUCUUGAGGCCUUAACCAUAUGUCCGAAGAAGAACCAAACCGAAAAGCAUUGCAAUUCUUGUAUGAUGACUUCAAUCGUUGUGUCCUCAGCGGCUUCUUCUUUGAUUGGUGAUUACAUUGGCAUGGAGAGUUGCUUUGAUCUCGACAAAAACGAAGCGAUUUGUGUUGGUGAUAGUGAUGUUAAGGAUAGUCAUGAGUAUUAUUCUGGGGUCUGCAAUCAAAGCAGUGGACAGCGAGAACAGUGGUGUAGGAGGAGGAAGAUGAAGAGAGAGUUUCCUCCGCCAAUACCGUCGCUUGCUCGCACCGACAAUCUGCCUUCUCAUAUGCCUUGGGUGCUGAAAAGGUAUUACACUAGCGAUGGACGGUUGAUUCUUAGAGAAGAGAAGGUGAGACACCAUGAAUAUUUCUGGGCACACCGAUCCAAUGGUCGUUUAACAUUGCAUCUUGUGCCCUUGGAUGACAUCGAUGAGAUUUAUGAUAUUGAGGAUCAUGUCAGUGACCAUGAAGAAGCAAAGGAAGAGGACGCUCAAGUAAAUGAUUUUGACAGCAACAAUAUUAACAACAAUGCUGACGAUGAUCAUAAGAGUAACAUUGUUGAAACUUUGCUUAAAGAAAAUACUGAUCCUGUGAUUGAAGAUUCAAUGGUAAAAUGUUCAAUUACUGAGACUCCAACUGACAAUGGGACUGCAGCAAGCUUAAACUACAACAGUGUAAGAGCAAGUCCCACAUGUUUUCUCGGUUUGCCAGUGCCAGCAAUCAGGCCAGUUCACAUUUAG